UGCAAGGCGCUCGAAGCGCCUGUCCACCAUCAUAGGUACGGGCCGCAUCAAUGGAGCUUCGGGCGUAAGGCACAGCCCGCCACGGUCAGCCAGGCCGGUACCUGCCCCUGGAUCGCGAGUGCCGGGCAUGGGCCGGGCGCGUGCGCGCUCGGAGGGGGCGUGAGGCCGGAGCGCCUGACCGUUGCAAGCGCGUGGCUGCCGAGGUUAGCGGCCGCCGUGCCCCGCGCCCCACGAGCCGGUGGUUGCGGGGCCUCCCGCCCGGGGUGCGCGCAGCCGUGGCGGCCGCAGGUGACCGAAAGGGGCGGAGGAAAGGAGGGGGCCGUCCUCGGCGCUCGGAGGAACCGCCGGGCAUGCCCCGAGACAACAUGGCCUCCCUGAUCCAGCGGAUCGCCCGCCAGGCGUGCCUCACCUUCCGAGGCCGCGGGGGCGGCCGCAGCGCUUCCGACCGCGGCGCGGUGCCAGGCCCCGAGGCGCCGGCGCCGCCGGGCUUCCCGGAGAACCUGAGCCAGCUGAAGAGCCUGCUGACCCAGGUCCGCGCAGAGGACCUGAAUAUCGCCCCGCGCAAGGCCACGCUGCAGCCGCUGCCACCCAACCUGCCACCCGUUACCUACAUGCACAUCUACGAGACGGACGGCUUCAGCCUCGGCGUGUUCCUGCUCAAGAGCGGCACGUCCAUCCCGCUGCACGACCACCCGGGCAUGCACGGCAUGCUCAAGGUGCUCUACGGCACCGUGCGCAUCAGCUGCAUGGACAAGCUGGAGGCGGGCGGGCAGCGACCGCGGGCCCCGCCGCCGGAGCAGCAGUUCGAGCCGCCGCUGCAGCCCCGCGAGCGGGACGCCGUCCGGCCGGGCGUGCUGCGCUCGCGGGCCGAGUACACCGAGGCCAGCGGCCCCUGCAUCCUCACGCCGCACCGGGACAACCUGCACCAGAUCGAUGCUGUGGACGGGCCCGCUGCCUUCCUGGACAUUCUGGCCCCGCCCUACGACCCCGACGACGGCCGGGACUGCCACUAUUACCGGGUGCUGGAACCUGUCCGGGCCAAGGAGGCCUCCGGAUCGACCUGCGACCUGCCCCGAGAGGUGUGGCUCCUGGAGACCCCGCAGGCCGAUGACUUCUGGUGCGAGGGGGAGCCCUAUCCAGGUCCCAAGGUCGUCCCUUGAAGCCGCAGGCGCCUGGCUGCCAGCACCCCCACCGCAAGGGCUCUCUCCCUACCCCCAGGCCACCUGGGCAUUGGAUCUACUGGAGUGGGCUGGUGUGCUUCCUCGGGAGCCUUGGGAAGCGCGGGCAGCAACUGGACCGCAGCCACCCGGCACGGUUAUGGGGGCGGGGGAGGCUAGGUUGUUUCCUGGCUUUGUCGCUGCCACCAGGGUUUUGAUUUGGGGGGAGGGGAGCAGGGGACUAUCGGAAGCGCUUCCAUCCUAAAGCCAUAAUGAAAAUAUUCUUCCUUUGUUCCCAUUCUAUACAAGAUACACCGAAAGGUUUUCUCCCCCCAUCGCCUUCUCCUUGGGUAAAUAGGGCUUGUUUUCCACUUAGGUCCUUGGCUCCUUGUUACAGUUUUAACUUAUUGGCUGCAUGACCCAGUGGUUUGAAUUGCUUUUAGUUCAAGUCACUGGUCAAAAACUAGGUUUUAGAGAGAUGAGCUACUUUUUAAGUGAGCUGCCCUGCCUGAUUAAUUCGUUGCAAAAAUUAAAUCAGUUUUCCAGAGUUGGGGGAUCAUCCCCAGGACAUAACUAUGCAUGUAGAGGACAAGAUUUUCUUUCCUCCCCUUGCCCAGUAGCCACAUCUGGUUUACUUGGGCAGCAUCCACUAAGAAAUUCACACCUGCAUUUCUCAGUGACAAAUUGUCACAUAGAGCGUAUCUUCCCUGUGAGUCCCCAGAUCUGUGAGUUGAGCAGAUUUCUUGUUGCAGAUUCACCUUUAAUGUAAAAACUAUAUUACCCUCAAGUGACUUUUGUUUUGUCAUAGUAUAAGAGGUGGUAGGGUAAUGCUGUAUUUUCUAACCAGAGGAUUCAGAGGCACUGAAUCAGUAUGCUUCCAAACAACUGAAUGUAAAACACCCCUGGCCAGCUGUUGAACUCCAUGUCCCUAUUUACUUCCGGUAUUUUCCUGCAAAAGUAGAGGAAAAUGUUAACUGUUUCAAGUUCUCUCACACCUAAUGUUCCAGAGAGCUGGUGGUUCCAGCUGUGGUGUUUGUUGGUGGCCCUGUUCUCAGAACCCUGUCCCUCUAGCAGGAGAGAGCCAGCGCUUGCUUCAUCUGGAGUGGUUUUCUAUAGGGAGAGCGAGAAGGCACUGGCGACCCAGGCUCCGCAAUUGAGAAUUAAUUAUUCUGCUGGCCAUUUUAGGGAACCAAAAACCCCCACUCCCAGCCUCUUGAACAGUUGUGCUAUCUGUAACUAGUUUUAUGUUUGUCCUUUUAAUAGUCUUGAGCAACUUGACCUUGUUUACAAACACAUUGACACCGUUUGCUUCCGGCCAUGAAGCACUAUUGUUUCCCCCUGAUUACUAUUAAUAGGAUUCCUUUUUUCACAAACUUUCAAUAACAAAUUGUAGAAAUAAACACAUUAAAAUUUGCCCAGCUGUCGUCUAAGCCCUCUUGAUUGACUUGCCCAUGUGGCAGUCCAGUUCUAAUAUCUGUAAUAAAGGGAGGUUUGCUAUUGGUGGAAAGUGUGGGCCCUGGAGGAAAGCAGCAUGUGCCUUUGCCUUUUCAUGCGCACUGGGUUACAGAGGCCCAGAAUGAAGGAAUAUUUGUUCCCAAUUUUUUAGAUAGAAUGAAAAAGCAAAAUUCUUAAUGAAUUACUAUUAUAUACAAAAAAAAAGAUGUUUACUCAAAGUGACAUGCCACUAUGUUAUAAAUCCUGACACAGGCAUAACACCAAGAAUAUUCUCCAGAGUUACUAACAUUGUUUAUGGUAGCUUCACAUUCAAUAUAACUUGGGAGCCGUUUGAAGCAGUUCUUUAUGCAUUCAGUUUGAAAAUAAGUUCUAGAUAUGGAAACGAUUUUCUUAGAAAACUUUACCAAAUGGGUGUUUUUCAUAGCACAGUAUGAAUGUGUUUGGUUAACAAUCACAUACUUACCUGUUUUGAAUUAUAUUGUAGCAAAAAGUUAAGAUUAACUUAUUAAGAUUGUGGAUUGUAAUGUGUAUGUUAUAAUAUAACCUGGAGGACAUUAAAUUAACCAUUCUGGCAAUAGCACAAUAUUAAAGGAGAAAAGAUUUUCCAAAUUUCAUUAUGAAAAGUUUUAAAGUUCUCAAGUACAAGCAAGUUGAAUGAAAAAAAACUAAGGUGCUUUUCAUAAAAGCAUAACUGAAAUUGUUGCAAGUCAGAACAGCAAUAUGUUAUCUCUAAUUUAGUUCAAGAGGAACAGUGAAACUUUUGGUUCACUAAUAAAUUCUGAAUAAAUUAAUGGUGAACACAAAAUGUGACCUGUUUUAAUGAGCCACUAAGAAAAGACUAUUCUUAUUACUAAGAUAAAUGUGCAGAAAAACCUUGCACUUUUCUGCAUAAACUGUUAGUCAUAAGUGACUUCAUGUGCUGCUAUUGUGUUUCCAUGUAUUCCUGCAAUAUAGACUGUUUUAUUAACUACGGUGGGAAAAAGUUGUCUUACCUACAAAGACUAAUGAGCACAACGAUACUAGUCACUUAACUUUUCUGUUGCAUAACAUUCAAUAAUUGCUUCUCAUGAGUAAGAAGUUGUCUGUCUAAUACUUGUAAAGCUUUUUAUUUUACUGGUUAUAUCAAUGGCCACUUAUAUCAAUGGAGAGUAUUAUCUGCCUACUACUUUAUGAGAAUUGAUUUUUUUAAUUAAGCCUGAUUUGCAUGGAUUGUUUAUACCAGUUGCUGUUUAUUAAUGAAAAUGGUGAGCCUAUUUUUAAAGUACUAUGUGUUUGUCAACAGGAGUGGGUCUCCGACCUUUUAACAUUAAUCCCUUAACUUCUCCCAAAGUUCCCACCUUCUAUUCCUCCUUUUGGAUUAUCCACUUGUAGGUACCUCAGUCUUGGCAUCCCAGGAGGACUCUGUCAUCACUCAUCUUUUCUAAAUGACUUUGAAUCUUGUGCCAUGGCUCUACAGCUUGAUAAAGAAGCAAUAUAUCUCUAAUCCAGGGCUCUGCCCAGUGCUAUUGAACUCUAACAUGCGGGUAGUAACACUCAUGUAACUCUCCUAGUCUGAACUCGGGACCUCUGAUCCCUUUAGUGCAAUGAGGCAUCUACUAUCAAAGAGGGAAAUCAUUUGUUAAGCCCCAUAUAAAGACUGAAUCUUCAGAUCCAGAGAUAUUUACAUUUCUGGAUUAAAAUCAGUGUACUUAUGGAAAAUAAAGGCAUGUUUGAAAUUGUU